GGGCGGUUUGAAAGCGAAGAGGCAGUUUUGUGUCAACAUGUGUGAAAUAAGACAAACUACCUGAUAUGACCGAAGUUUCUGCUCGCUGACAGUAAGAUACCUCAUGUGCAAGGUAUCCGAGACUAAACGUAGUUGUGUUGUCGCCUUCGUUAAAACGAAGCUAAUGUUAAAUGAACUUGGUAUGCUAGUUAGCUAGCUGCUGCCUGCCUGUCUGACUGCCUCAUCAACUUCUGUCUCUGUUGGAUUUAUUGCACCACAACAUCAGUAUAAAUCCUCUGAAGAUGGCGAGUGUGCACGAAAGUUUGUAUUUCAACCCCAUGAUGACGAACGGAGUGGUCCAUGCUAACGUGUUCGGUAUCAAAGACUGGGUGACUCCGUACAAGAUCUCCGUGUUGGCGCUGCUCUAUGAGAUGACCGCGUCCAAGAUCACCCUGCCAGAGAGAAGGAGACUCAACAAGCUCAUCCUGCCCCUGCAGCAGGGUCCAGACCUGACUCUCGGCCAGUUCCUCAAGACUGUGGAGGAGUGCUGUCCUCAGACUGCUUAUGCUGUCAAACUCAGGUUGCAUGAAAUGGCGGAUGGAGAGCUGAAAGACAUGGAGUACUUCUUUUCCACGCUUCCCACCCCAUUCACUGCUUUUGAUUCUGAGGCUUAUAAGACCAGUGUUGUGGGUCUGUUUAUGAGGCACAUGCUUCUGGCCUACAACAAGCUGUCUUUCAGUCAAGUGUACAAGCUGUACAAGUCCCUGCAGCACUACUAUCACAGUCACUAUGCCAAGCCCAUGGAUGGGCAGGUGGGUUUGCCGGCGCUGGUCGCAGACGACUCAGACAUGGACCUCACCAGCACUGAAGAUACUGUAGGAGACCGAGUGGACAAAGAGGAGCUGGACACACCACUGCAUGUGUCAGAGCUUCGAAGUGAAAAUUCUCCAAGCAGAGGUCCCCUGUCACAAAAACAAGCAGAGUACUUUCUUGCAAGACAGGCUUAUCUUCUGAAAAACGAUGAGAACAAAGCCCUAAAGCCUGCUGCACUGCAGGAAGAGCUCAACAACAUGCUGAAGUUUAACCCAGAUUUUGCUGAAGCGCAUUACUUGAACUACUUGAACAGCAUGAGAGUCCAGGACAUCUUCCUGUCAGCUCACAGUCUCUUACAUUAUUUUGACCGACUCAUCUUGUCUGGUAAUGAGGGAAAGAGCAACGGGGACGAGGGCUACGGCCGAAGUCUCCGCUACGCUGCUCUUAACUUGGCAAGCCUGCACUGUCGCUUUGGCCACUAUCACCAGGCUGAUCUGGCUCUGCAGGAGGCCAUCCGCAUCGCCCAGGAGUCCAAUGAUAAUGUGUGCUUGCAGCACUGCCUGAGUUGGCUGUACACACUGGAACAGAUGAAGGGAUCUGACAGCACAGUGUUAACAGAGGAUUCAGUGAAAAUGGCCGCCCAUUUCUGCCUGCCAUACUUGGCCUCUCUGGGCAUUCAGUCUUUGGUCCAGCAGGGGGCGACACAGGGUAAGACAGCACACAAACUGAUGGAUGCUCUGAAGGACACAGACAUCCUGCACUGGAAGCACAGUCUGUCGGAGCUGAUUGAGAUCAGCCUGGCUCAGACUACAUCCAUAUGGAGGAUGUACGGAAAGAGCACCAUGGCUCUGCAGCAGGCCCAGCUGCUUCUCAACAUAAGCAGUCUGGAGCCAGUCAACUUCGGGGUCCAGCAGAACAACACUGAGGCCUUCGCAGUGGCUCUCUGCCACCUGGCCGAGCUCCAUGCUGAGCAGGGCCUGUACAGUUCCGUUUCAGAGAUUAUCCAGCAUCUGAAAGAACAGUUUCCUCCUCACACACAGCAUGCCAAGCUCUGGAUGCUGUGUGAUCUAAAAAUCCAGUUUGAGAGACACAUGAACGAAGGAAAAUACCACUUGGCAGAGCCGCUUGUCACAGCCAUCUCUGCCUUAAACAAAACAGAGGGUCUUUACAGGAAAGCUCAAGUUCUGAAGGCUCUGAACCGCAGCACCGAGGCGUACAGCAUCUUACAGCAGCUGCAGGUUCACUGUGAGAAGACUAAAUGUACCGAGAUGGUGAUCAGAGUGAUGCUGUCCACUGCUGAGCUGCACUGGGAGUCGUCUGGCUUCUCCACAGCUCUUCCUCUCCUCCUGCAGGCCUUGGCUCUAGCUAGACAGCACCACCUACAGUCCCUGGCCUCAGAAACCAUCCUUCAUUUGGCCUUCACUCAGCUGAUGUUGGGAGUUCCUGAGCAGGCUCUGAAUGUUCUGCACGAAGCCAUCGAGCCUGUCCUGGCCCACGGAGCAGUCAUGGACAAAGGCCGCGCCAUGCUGCUGGCAGCUCGCUGUCAGAUGGCGGUGGCUGGGUUCAGGCCAAACGGACAAGGGCAAGCAGAUUUACGGUUGGCAGUUCUGGCUGUAGACACGCUUAAUGAGGCUGCAGCUUAUUUCUCCAAGCUGAACUGUAAGGAGCGGCUGCGGGACGUCCACUACCUGCAGGCUCAGCUUCACCACGCUUUGGGACAAACCUCGCAGCGCAACAAAUGUGCCAUGCUGUUCCGGCUGCUGGACCAGGAGCUGCAGUCACCAGCACCUCCGGUCUCCAUGCAACUCUGACUGCUCCCACUUUGACAACAAACUGGAUGUUUUGGCUGCUGGAAAGGACUCUUCAAAACGCUGAGUUGAGCCUCUGCACCUCACCACUAGAUGGUGGUCAGGCUCUGUCCGGCUUCUCUCAGCACUAAAACAUUUCAUUUAGGAAUAUUUUGAAUAAGAGGUCAUUUUUGACCUCUUUGCAUGCAGCGCCAGGAUUUUAAUCAAACAGAACAAUGUGAGCAGUGGUAAAUAAAAAUCAGUUUCCAGUAGAUCAAGAAUGUAUCUAUCGUUUCUUCAGCUGCGGUCAGGUAGAGAUUUGAAUGAUGGGCCCAAAUAUGUAGCGUGGUUUACUAGUCUCGACCACAACAACAGCCCAGGUGUGUGUGACAGACAUGCCAGGCGGCGGUGUGGGUAAAAAUGUCAAAAGUUUAUCAGGGGCUGUCACGGCUGCGCCGAUUUACAUGUCGCCUUUUGAUGAAUGAGGGUAAUAUCACGGUUAGCUACAAGAUGAAUGUGUUUCACUGGCCUGGAUGAUUCAUAUUUUCCUGGAAGAAUACUGAUGAAGCUGGAAUCUAGAGGAAGAAAUUGUGAUCGCGUUAGCUCCGUGAUGACAUAAACAGAUACUGUAUCUGUAUUCCACUUACGUCUGACACAAUUUGUGAGAACUAUUUUGGCUGAUAAUAUUACAUUUAUGUAUUCAGUCGGGACUGUAAUCCAUUACUUACUGCACUUCUUUCAAGGAGAUGAAUGGUUUGUUUCAUCUUGUUUAGUUUUCGGUUACGCUGACAUAAGUAUAGAAAUAACUGUGAUCGGAAAUACCUGUAGUGGGAAAAUAUCUGCGUUACAGCCCCCAAAAGUCUCAGUUGUACUUCAGCUUUCUACUUAUCUCAAUAGUUUAGUGUGUGAUCGUUUCGUUUGCCUUUACGCACCAGUCAGAUUUAAAUCAUUGGAGCCUGUUAACAAGAAAUGUCUCCUUCAUUACCAUCUGUCCCAGCCCUGUGAAAGUUUGGUUCUUCAGUGGAUAAACAGAUGGAUUACAGAGAUGCCUAGUAAAAGCAGCCUUGUUUUCUAAAUAAAUAUCACACAGGGCCAUGUGAUAAACUUUGCUCCUCCCAAGUGA